CCUAGCAAGAAGUACAGCAGUCUGACAUAGUAGGCUUAACUUUUAUCAGCGUGGAACCAUUGUUGUUGCUCUACAGAUUUUUUACUAUGGAUGAAGUGCUGUAUUUUGCAUCUGAAGAAAAUAUUCCUUUAGCAUCACGAUCCUGGGUAGGGAAGAAGAAAAGAAAUUCUGUCUUUCCUGCCAGUGAAAACCAAAGCAAAUCAGAGGCAUGGGUGAAAAGAGGUAACCCUUCAAACUCUCAUGUGACUGAAGAUUCAUUAAAGAAUGAAGCUGAACCUAAAUCACAGGGAACCAUUACCUCCUCAGUUCCUCUACCAGGAAGUGUUACUAACUACUUGGAUGAAAUACAAGGGCAUCCUUCAUAUGAGAUGAAAAGUAUUAUGAUUGAUGAGGAAUCUACACAGGUGAGCCACAGCGAAUCUUGGCUGGACAAGCUUGGAAUCAAUAAGAACAAGUUGGCAUUUCUAAAAUGUCUGAUUUGGUGGAAAGAAAGUACCACAACCAUAGAAAAAGAUCAUCAAACUGCUUCUGGAGUUCGUUCUCAUGAUGCCCAUGGACUGACUGAAUUGGACGGAUGCAUGACAAAAGACGAGCAGGCAUAUAUUCCGUAUAAAUUAGCUAAAUUAUAUAUUACAAAGAUUGUAAAAGACAUGCAGCAAAUGAAAAUCAGACACAUGAAUAUAAUCAAUGAGUUGGACUGCAUAAGAAAAGAAAAGCAGGAACAGGCUGUAAUUGUUCUGAAGAAUCAUUACAGUGGCAAAAUAAAGACCCUGAGAGCCCAAUUGGAAGCCUACCAAGAGCUCGUAGACAAGAGGAAUGGGGACUGGCAAGAUAUGAUUAAGAACCUGAGAGAGAAAAACAGGCAACUGAGCCAAGAAAAGAAAGGUCUUCUCUGCCAAAUAAAACAACAGAAUGAAAAAUGGGAGGAAGAAAAGGCUUGGAUCCUAGACCAUUUCUCUCAAAAACUAGACCAUUUAUACAUGGAACAUGUUUUGACUUUGCAGGAACUUCAGAAGAUUACACUGAGUAUGGAAAAAGUACAAGGGCUGAUGAAUUUCCAGGUGGACUUUCCUCAACAAAAAGCCUCCAUUACAGCAGAAAAGACAGAUACAUCUGAGGUUUUAGAGAUUAAAGGAGAGCAAGUAGUAGAUGAACUGGAGAAGCAUGAACAAAUUCUGCAAAAGGAACUUCUUCAAAAAAUACAUACCACAGUGCAAAUGAUAAGAGAGUCUUUACUCAAACGAGAAAGGGAGAUUACUGAGCUGCUACAGAGAGAGAACAUAUGCAACAAAACAAUGAAGCCUCAAAUCACAAUGGCAGCAGUUUUAAAAACUCUUGUGAAAGAGGUUCAUGCAAUAUAUAAUGAUGUACCUGAGGCACAACAAUACAUCAGUCAGCUUAUCAGGAAGAAUGAUGCUGAAAGGGCUGAUCAGAAAGAAGCAUUUAACAAUGCUCAGGCUGACAUCCUAGCCUAUGAAGUAUUUUAUGGGUGCAAACCUACGGAUAACAAAAGGGAACAGCUUCCAAUGAAGCUUUUCAGAAAUCUUGUGAUUGCAAAGUCCAAUUUACAAUAUGUCGAAGCAGAGAAAACUGUGUUAGAUUGUAUCACAACUGAGGAAAUUCCAGAAUGGAUUGGCAAAAAUAGCCUACAUUUUGCCCUGCUAGCUUCUGACAAAGAAAUUCAUACAGAUGAUAAGACCCAUUUUCCAGAUGAAGUCCUGCUGACACCAGAAAACAAAUCGCAGGAUGUUGCGACAAAAGAACCUCCAGGAAUUCACCACCUUGGAGGAAAGACCCCUUACCAUUACAAAGAUGGGGACACUGUGUGCAAAGAAUGGAGCAGAGAAGAACAUUCUGAAAUGGCUCUGGAGUGAAAGUUGGUUAAUAAAAUAGGUAUAUUUUCCUUAAGUGCCUAAAUAACAUGGAGUUUAGGUCCCAAUGAAAGUCAGUUGGGCUUGGGUUCUUAAUG